ACAGUAGAGAGCACACACUGAUAAGAUAUGGAGCUACACCUCACGAGGCAGUCUCGGCGGAGCGAUGGACAACUUCGGUUACCGCGAGAUGACGUGGCCGUCCCCGCAGCAGACGCCCACGCGGCCGCGCUUCCAGCGCAGCAGCAGCCGCUACUCCACCAGGGAACCCGAGGAGUUCCCGCUCAACGAUGCCAACGUCGUCUACAGACAGUCCCGCAAGAUCGACUUCCUCGAGAGCGACAAGGACCCGGGCAGCCCCAUGCCCAAUAAAGAGUACAUCUUCGUGGGACCCUCUCCUCCGGCCGAUGAUGCUCCCAACAUGUACCAGAGCUUCGACAUCCGCGCGCCCGACCCUGAAGCCCGGUUGACUGAGGACGUCGUGCGGCGGUCGGUCUGCGAGCGAGCGCUCACGCUGGGCGCUGGAAGAUUCUUCGACGACAUUGAAUGCGGAUUGAUCACUGCGCAAAAUGUAGAGGAGCAGAUUGGCUCAGCGCCAGAAGUUGUUGUGAACCUGACUCUGCUGUGGGCCGCGUUCCUGGGCAAGGACGAGCUGCUGCCAGCUAUACUGGACGCCGGCGCCGACAUCCACAACUCCGAGCCUCUGGGACUAACUGCACUGCACUUGGCCGCGUACAGCAAUGCCACUAAAGCAGCGCUCUAUUUACUGUGUCGCGGUGCUGAUGUGGAUUAUGUGCCAAAAUACUUUGCCCCGAUCCAUUGCUCCGCUUUCGGCAAUGCUUUGGAAGUAGCUGAGGUGUUGAUAGCUAAUGGUGCUUCUCUACACGCUGUGGUACAGCGGGCUGGAUGUGAAGACAACCUGGUUCACUGUGCAGUGAGAGCCGAUGCGGCUGAGUGUAUGGAAUUGUUCAUAGAAAGGGGCGUCGAUCCAGCGUAUGUGACUUCUGGAGGAUUGAACGCUUUACAUUUAGCGGCAGACUUGGGAGCCCUACGUUGCCUCUCAUAUUUGAUUAGAGAAACAAAAAUCGGUGUAAAUGGUAUGACAAAACAGAGAGACAAGGAAUGCACUGCAUUGCAUUUGGCUGCGUCCAAAGGAAACACUGAAUGUGUCGAGAUGCUUCUCAUUGAAAAUGCCAAAGCUAAUACAAGAAACUAUCGGGGAUUUACUCCUCUUCAUCUGGCAGCGAUGUGCUCUAGUGUCGAGUGUGUAGAAGUGCUGCUGAGGGACGGCAAUGCUGACCCUAACGCUGAAGAUGCCGACAAGCGCACUCCGCUGCACGCCGCCAUUCGGCCCUCGGAGCGCGCCUGUGAUAUUAUAGACACGCUUAUCAGUUGGGGCGCUCAGGUGAACAAAAAAGACGUCUAUGGAUUCUCACCUCUACACAUUGCUGCAAUGGACGGAAUAUCACAGUGUGUUGAAACGCUUAUUUACCUUGGAGCUGACGUUAUCUCUAAGUCAAAGAGAGGAAACACAGCGCUGAGUGUAAUUGCAAGAAAAAUGCCCAAGUCCCUCGCAAUUUUAAGGCACGACUUAGAUUCUGGUAUAUCACUCAGCCGACAAACUGAGGCGAAUGAGGAAGUACAGAUAGAAUUUGACUUUGGACGGAUACUGAAAUUUUCAUAUCCCCGAGAGAUAACGUAUUUAAACCAUUUAGUAGAUGAAGGUCAGAAAGAUAUUUUGUUGCAUCCGCUGUGCUCAGCUUUUUUAUUUAUGAAGUGGCGAAAGAUAAGAAAGUUUUAUUUAGUGAGGUUGAUCUUUUGUUUUCUCUUCGUGUCGUUUUUAUCUAUGUACGUACUUGCGACUGUUGUGAAAACAUGUGAUGGAAAGUUCUCUGAAAAAUACGGAGUGAAGAAUGAAUUGUGCCAGAAACAAUCGAUUCUCGGUGGGUUCCUGGAAGGUAAUCCGAUUGAGAUGGAACGCUGGGUUCUCAUAUCCAUAACGGUGAUGGAAAUCAUCAGAAAGCUGACAGGCAUCACUGGAUACUCCACAUUCAGACAGUACGUCACUACUUUUGAGAACUUGUUGGAAUGGUUUGUGCUGCUAUCUGUGUUUUCUCUGUACAGUAUAAGGAAGGACUACAGUUGGCAGAACCAUGUGGGAGGGUACGCCGUGCUCGGCGCUUGGACCAACCUGAUGCUGAUGAUGGGCCAACUGCCCAUGUUCGGUGAUUAUGUAGCCAUGUACCAGAAAGUGCUGGCAGAGUUUUUGAAACUGCUUCUAGCUUAUGUCUGUCUGCUCCUUGGUUUUACAAUAUGCUUUUGCGUCGUCUUUCCUAACGAGGAAAUGUUUUCAAAUCCACUCAUGGGCUUCAUAACAACGUUAUCUAUGAUGGUGGGCGAGUUAAACCUGAGUAUUCUUAUAAACGAUCCAGUUUUAGACGAUCCUCCUUUGACUUUCGAAUUAUCUUCCCAAUUUAUCUUCAUUCUGUUUCUCAUGUUUGUGACUAUUAUCCUCAUGAACUUGCUGGUCGGUAUUGCUGUCCAUGAUAUUCAGGGAUUGCGGAAAACUGCAGGUCUUUCUAAACUAGUCCGUCAGACUAAACUGAUUCUGUUCGUGGAAAUGGGCAUGUUCAGUGCACUUUUACCGAAAUUUCUUCUCAAGUUCCUUUACAGAACCGCCUUAGUAUCACCGGAGGCUGGCAAAGUGAUCUUGAGUGUGAAACCCUUGAAUCCCAGAGAGAACCGUCUGCCCACCGACAUUAUGAUGGCCGCAUACGAGCUGGCACAGCUCAACAAAGUGCAGACAGGGAAAUCAGUGAGAGAAGUGUUGAAAAUAAACAAGUUCUCGAAGCCAAAGAAAGAGAGCCAGACGCCAGACAACAACAUCAACGUGGAGAUCCGAGGGAUGCAGGAGAAGGUGGACCAGACCACGUUCAACUUGAAGAAGAUCGACCAGGAGAUGCGAUACCUGAACACUCUGCUGCUGGAGCAACAGCAGCUUCUCCAGAAGCUGGUGAAGGUGGCGUCAGACCGGCCCGCGCAGUACCUGCCCAUAGAGCCAGCGUACCCUGAAUCUCCCGUGUUCAUCUCUAGUAAUUCUUUGGAAAAGUAAUGAAUUUGUCGUUCGGCUGUGUUUUGUUUUUUUUUUGUUUAGUUUGUUAAGCUAGUUUAGGAUUGAUCAGGGUUUUGAAACAAAAUGUAUGUGAAUUGUGUAACUACGUAGGCUUUUUAGACACCUUAAAAGAAAAUAAAUUAACUAUAAAUCUAAUCUAAUUAAUAUUGCUAUUUAUACAGGUAAAUAUUAUCAUAAUAAGUUAAAUAAGUAACUA